AUGGGUUGCCAUGCAACCUCCAUUGACAGUGACUCCUUCCUGCUUCCCCCCAUCAUCGGCCUCUCAGUUAUGGACGACGAAGAGGAUCUGGUGGUAGAUGAGACCUAUGGGGAGCAUGCUCCCAAGGUUCUUACUAGCAACCUCCUCACUGCAGUACAAUUCCGUGCACUUGAACCUUUGGUAACCGACUAUGUAACACUUGAUGGGCAGGAGAAGAACGACUUUGUUCUGAAGGCCUUCUGUGAUAUAUGGGAUGGCGAAGAGAUCCAAUGGGACCUACCUCAGUUGUGGCCUUCAAAGACCAGCAAUCGCCGAUUCCACGUUGUCAAGCAGGCGGUGAAGAACUUUUUCAAAGAGCAGGGUCGAAUUCGAGACGUCGUCGUACAGCCGCUAAGGAAGGGCAGCAACAAGCUUGACUGGGAUCCUCUGUCGGUUUGCAGUGACGUUUACGGACACAUCGCCGCGCAAAUGGUGCACGAGGUCGCUGGAAUCCAACAUGGACAUCAGUACUGGCUGCGCAAGUAUAACAAGGCCAACACAGCACUGUACUACUCACUGUCAGAUGGUCAACGUACUCAAGUUGAGUUCUUGGCAAAUGAAUGGAACAAAAAUGGCUUGCCGAAGGAGAUGAAGAAAAGGAAGUUUUUGAGGAGUGCCAAGCGCGAGAUGUUCAACCAGGCUGUCAAGAACCUCAAGUUAUAUGGCAUUUACACGUGGUUCCUUUAUGUACCGGAGCCAACAGUCAGUGUACCUGCUAAGUUCCUCGAUUUUUCGAAAGAACUCGGCCUGGGGGAGAAGAGGUUCGACCCUGACCAUACACCAAUGAAAGACACCCUUGUCCGGCUGAAGGGAUUUGUAAAUGAUCCAGUUGGGACCGGAGAAGUUCAAGCCAAGCAGACAAAGAAGACAAAGCACGCUAUGGACGAGAUGAAAGGUUAUGUCAUCCAUGCAGACGAUUACCACAAUCGCAACUGUGUUAUCUUGCGGAAGGGCGCAUACCGUAGCGAUCUUCUAAGGCGAGAGGCCAAGUGCGCUGUUUAUUACAUAUUCAAUAUUGCACAUGCAAACCUCUCUCCCUACCAUGGACAAGAGUUGGAGACCCCAUGGUCUGACAUCGGUCGGACAGACACCGAUGGCAAUGGUGUACUCAUCGAUCGGAAGUACUUUCCUCCGAACUUUGUCAUGAAGCCACCUUACCACCUAUCCAUCGAAGAAUGUCUGCAACUCCUGAAUUGGCUCUUUGACAUCGGGCACAUUGAGUUUCAUCACUGGAAAAGGUGCAACGGCAAGCCGCAGGUGCCUGUCCCUGAGAACGAACGGUUCUGGGCUGAACACCCUGGAGAUCCUACGGAUGUGGCUUUUAUCCGUGCCCGCGACAAGGCGCUUGCCGCAGCCCCUGGCCCCAUUCCUGAUGCUGGUGUGCAGGUUGAUAACACCAGCCGUGGUCAGACACCCUCCGCAUCCGUCUCCGCAUCUGUCUUUGCAUCCGUCUCCGCAUCCGGCUCCGCAUCCGUGAACGCCCGCGUCUCCGGCCCCGCACCACCGUCUGGCCCGGCCUCCAUGCACCACCACCCGAUGCCCAUCACUCUAAACCCAGCUUCCACACUUGGGCUCUCAUCAACUAUUCAAUCCCAGCUCCCUCGUCAAUUGGCCGGACUGCUCGGCUCUCUCACUACGAGCAGGUUUGGUAGUUCUAAAUCCAUCAAUAUCCACAACACCCAGGCCUGGGAUGUGGAUCGACUUGCUGGUGCACCAAUCUACGUUGAGAUUCCAGAUCCAGACGACCUGGUGGUCUCCCAUGCAGAAGUGGGUGGGCUUGUGGUUCCCGCAGGCGUUCCAUUCAACGUCGAGGCGCAAGCUCAGUGGUGCUUCGCCUUUACGGAGUGUCAUGGUGACUCUCUCCUGUUUCCCGCCGGUCUAUUUCAGCGGUGUGUGACUUUCCUCGCUGAGUUGCCGCUGGUCCGGAACCACAACUACAGUACAUCGAGCUUUCGGAACGGAAGACGGGCGCCGGCACUGCCACCAGCCGUGUCAUGGGAGACGGACACCUUUGAUGGCCUCACACAGCCGGCCGUCCGUGCCUCCGUGAUUGCAUAUGUCCUGGCAAGACCGUGGUGCUUUAUGCAUAACGGAGAGAGUCUAUUCUCUGGCAUACAGAUGGCAUGGUGCUUCCUCCUUGCUCUCUGUCUUCUGUCGUGCAGCGGGCCUUACCCACACGAAGAGUCACAACGUCUCUCGGCAGAGUUCAAGCAGUUGUUGAAAGAAUUUCGCGAUUACCUGCGAGAUAUGUCUACACGUCAUGAGUAUCCGGGAAUUGCACCCUCCAUGAAGUAUGCAACUUCGCAAUCACGGCAGCAGUACUUGUACUCCGUUUUCUGGCUGAACAACGACCUUAUUGACAUUCUGUCUGAGGUCGAGAAGCUGCCUACUCUUCAUCCCCCGAAUCCCUGUACCUUUGCGACUGUUCAAUCAUUUCCAUCUUGGCAGUCUCUGAGAUGUGGCCUUCCUGUGGCGAUGCAUGCCGAUGCUCAGAUUGUCGACAAGUUGAUAGCUUUUAUUGGCGAGAAGGGGAACCUUGUCAAUCCCGACUCUGGCACUCCAAUUGACAGGGAGGCUGCACUUCUCCACCUACUUGGCAUUGCUUGCAUAAUUGCCGACAUCGAGAACUUCGAGCAAGGUUAUCACGACGCCACAAGACAACUUUCCACCUCCAAUCUAAGGGGUAAAACUGCUGUAGUCGCCGAUCACCUUUUGUCUUGGGCUCAAAGCACCCUUGAGGUCUUGAGACUCUUGCCCAAUGGUCAGCAAUCUGACUUUCCCGACAUCGACGACAUCCUUCCAGAUCUCGAUGCUACAUAUCAUCCUGGCCGCAUGCCCGCACGCGCCUCCGACCCGAACACCGCAGCCGCGCCCGCGCCCGCAUCCGCUCUCCCGACCGCCCAUUUGCCCGCGCCCGCAACUGAGUCUGCGUCCGUGUCCUUGUCCGUCUCCGCAACGGCUUCGGCCCUACCUUCCAGAACCUCUACUGUGCCUCCACCUUCGUCUGUGGGUGGGCCUGCUUCGCCGUGGUCUCUGAGUGGCUCGCUUGGCGGACUGGUGGGGUUACCUGCAACCCGUAUGCCAUCAAGGGCAUCAUCUGCUGCCCCGCAUAAUGAUCAUACAUAUGCUGGACUUGCUUCUUCCUCACUCCGUGAUGACUCUGUGCUGGACUAUUAUGUCAAUCAUGCACAGCGAGGUCCGAUCACCGCAUCUCAGGAGGCACAACAGUUGGCAUUUGCAUUCCAUCAACGUACACAGGACCGUGCACUGGAGAACCGUCGAGUGCGUGAUGCCAGCCGCUUGGAAAACCUUGCUCGCUAUGGCAGUAAAGUCAAACCAUCAAAACCCCCCGUUCCACGUGCCACUGCGAAUCUGGAACUGCCACCCACUCUCGAUGUGCUAGUGUCCUAUGGCGACUCAGACGCCGAUGAAACACCCGCACCGGUGGGGGUUGUCAAGCGCAAACGUGCCCCUAUGUAUCAGCCACUCGCAAAAGGCCCCACUCCAGCAUUAUCAACAAAGACCGUAAAGAACACGGCAGCCCCAACCAGAACUCGGAAGCGUCUCAAGAAGGACAAACGGCCAAAGCCAAGCGACCGCAAGCGAGCAGAGGAGCCAUCCAGUGAUGAAUCAAGUGACGACCAUUAUGUCAACAGCUCAUUGUCAGAUGCGGUAGACGGAGACGCGGGGGUUGCGGGGACGGGGGCUGGAGGUGCGGAUGGUGCUGCGUCAGUGGCGACUAGGACUAGGGGAAGCCAGCAUGCAAAGAAAGUCACAUCACGGUUUCAUGGAUCCGGGCCUCCGACUCAUCCCCCCCCUUCCGUUGACGAUGCUGGAGCUUAUGAGAGAAGGCCGGUCUCUAAAAAACGGCGAGUGGAGGUUAGCCUUAACCCUGUUACUGCUUCUGAACCACCUCCAAAAUCUUCACGUCCAAAACCACGCAUGGUAAGGAAGAAGGUCCCCAAACAACCAUUGCCUUCUGCUCCAGAUUUGUCAUAG